GUAGAAGGGUGAUCGCGGUGUUUCCAGAUUUAAAGCAGUACGAUAAAAGAGCAUAUAAAAGCUCAAGCAGCUUUUCCUACUCAUUGACAUCUGCAGAAACAUAGCUCCAGAAACAUGGCUGACACAAUAAAUGUGACUUCAUCUUCCAACCAGACCUGCGAUGCUGUUAACACUUCAGCCUAUCCUUUCUUUAUGCUGGUCUACAGUCUAGUGUUCCUGGUGGGGUUAAUCCUCAAUGGCUUCAUCAUGAAGUUUCACUUUUGUGGAGCACAGCAGCGGGCAUCGAGCAGCUUGAAGAUCUACCUGAAAAACCUGACAGCUGCUGACUUCCUGCUCUGCCUCUCUCUGCCACUCCGCAUCACCCACUAUGCCAGCAGCUCUGUCAUCAUUCGGCAGCUCUACUGUAGUUUUGGAGCUUGUGCCAUCUUCCUCAACAUGUACGCCAGCAUCAUAUUCAUGGGCUACAUCGCUGCCAACAGGUAUCUAAAGAUCAUCCAGCCUUCAGGAACUCACAUCCUGCAGACAGCAAAAACUGCCCACAUCAUUUCCAUCAUUACCUGGGUCUUUCUCCUGGUUCCGACUGUGACAUACACCAUCCUGUUUUUCAUCACCCAGACCCCUGUGACCUCUAACCCCAGCUGCUGUGAUCCCUUCUUUAGUGAAUCAAUCAAGCUGUUCUUCACAAUCAUCCACACUUUGUCUCCCAUUAUCUUCUUGUUGGUCUCCAUAUCCAUGGUCUUCUUCUACUACAGCACCUCCCGCAGGGUGUUGCAGGCACAGCAGAGGCAGCUGGCCUCCUCUGGCUCCGAGAAGCUUGUGAAGUCUCGCAGGAACAUGUUGGUGCUGGUCAGCAUCUUCUGUGUUUGCUUUGUCCCCUAUCACCUGGCUCGUCUUCCCUAUAGUCUUCUGCGGAGCAAUGACUCUGUAGGCUCAGUCUUGAACUAUGUAAUGGAGGUGACCACCAUGGUGGCAGUUUUCAAUGUCUGCCUGGACCCUGUUGUUUACUUUUUCCUCUGUAAGUCUUUCCGGGCAAAGAUGAGGAAGGUGGCCAUUGUGACCAAUAUCCGACAAGCAACUGAAGAGAGUGAGCUCAGCCACGAGCAUCUGGACAUUAACAAUCUGCAGGAGACAGACACAACACUGUGAGCACAGAAGCAGGCAUCAAGCAGCUUUCAACUCUGCCCUCAACAGUUCUCUACGUUUCAUAUAAUGAUAUAAUCUCAGCGAUUUUAGUAAAGAUUAUUUACUUUUGUCACGUUAAAGAAAGAGGAAUUUUCUGAUCUUGGCCCAUGAGAAGUCCAUAACAAAUAACUUGGUUAUGAAUGAAUCUGUAAGAGUUUUUGGAAAGGAAAGCAAAAGACAUCCCAGUGUACUUCAGACCCAGCAACACAAUCAGACAGAAACUGGUUCAUCCCGAACACAAAAC